GGGGGUGAAACCCUCCUCUAAAGGGGGGCACGGGGGGCCAGCUGCGGAUGGGUCCAGAUGUGCUGCUGGGUGGACCUGACUGGCUGUAACCACACCAUCCCCAUUUGUCAGGCCGGAUUAGUUUUAUUCUGAAAAUGCGACACACAUACCUGCCACUGAAACAGCGACAGCCCAGAAGAGCCGCGGGCGCUACAAUGCUAAUGUUGUCGGGGGCUUUGACUUCUCCCAGCCACUGCACACAAACCGCUCCGUGCGACAGCCGCGCCACAGCCGCGCCACAGAAACCGCCACAGACGCAUCCAAAGAAAAAGAAAGAAAGAAAAAAAAAUAAAAAGAAAAAGCCGACCGCGUCAGAUUCUCCUAACACCCCCCUAAAGUGCGCGCCGUAAUGGACGAAACGGAUAUCAUGGACUUAACGCACCAGAAAGCCAAGAAGCGACCGCGUCCAAUCAGUUCCGUGGACGAGUCCGUGCACGCUUCCCUCAAACGGCUGCCGAUGCGAGCGGCGGAGUGCAGGGAGCCCUCCCUGAUGUUCGCUGUCAGAGGAGAGCCCGUCCCCGCAGCGUCGCUCAAGCAAAAUGACCAUUCGGUGACCUCCUCUCCAACCACAGUUAUGCCGGCGCAGGAUAAUCGCUCCAGCAUGUCCAGGCCCAUGAUCACACGGUCACCAGUGUCUCCCCUGAGCAACCAGGGCAUCCCUACACCUGCUCAGCUCACUAAGUCCAACGCCCCCGUGCACAUCGAUGUUGGAGGGCACAUGUAUACCAGCAGCCUGGCCACCUUAACAAAAUUUCCGGAAUCCCGAAUUGGUCGUCUCUUUGAUGGCACAGAGCCUAUAGUCCUGGACAGCCUGAAGCAGCACUACUUCAUUGACAGGGAUGGACACAUGUUCCGCUACAUCCUCAACUUCCUCAGGACGUCCAAGCUACUCAUUCCAGACGACUUCAAAGAGUACAGUCUACUGUACGAGGAGGCUCGAUACUUCCAGCUCCAGCCUAUGCUUGCUGAGCUGGAGCGCUGGCGCCAAGACCAGGAGCUGGGUCGGGUGUCCCGCCCCUGCGAGUGCUUGGUUGUGCGCGUUGCGCCCGACCUGGGUGAGAGGAUCACGCUUAGCGGCGAUAAGGCCCUCAUUGAAGACGUGUUUCCAGAGAUCGGCGAUGUCAUGUGCAACUCUGUGAAUGCUGGCUGGAACCACGAUUCCACACAUGUCAUCCGCUUCCCGCUGAAUGGCUACUGCCACCUCAACUCUGUCCAGGUUCUAGAGCGUCUCCAGCAGCGUGGAUUUGAGAUUUCUGGCUCCUGUGGUGGAGGUGUGGACUCAUCCCAGUUCAGCGAGUACGUCCUGAGGAGGGAACUGAGGAGGACAAGUCAGCGAGGGCCCAAUUCAAACAGGAUAAAGCAGGAGCAGCUGGACUAGAAACCUCCCAAACAGUAGGAGGAGCUAGACUUUUCUGUGGCAGGCAAAUGCUGCAGAGCUUUGUGGACUCUAUUUUUCUUCACUUCCUUGUUGAUGUUUCUGUUUUCUUAAACUUGAGAACCGUCUAAAGAAUAAAAAUGAAGUGCAACAGGAGAUUUUUGCCAUAAGAAGAUACAAGACAUUUGAUAAGUUUGAGAGUGCAAGGACAUUUGUGAUUGUCUAGCCCACAUAAACCAAUUUAAAAAGGAUUUAUAUAUGCCGGAUCCCCCGAUCAAAGUUUGUUUUAAAACUUGGAGCCUACAUUAGGUUGAAUAUGAUUUGUAAUUUACCCAUAUAAGUUAAAAGUCUUUUAUUGCGGAUGUAGUGUAUUGCAUAGCUUGUGACAAGUAACUUGAUUUCAACGUCUCAUUUGCAUAUUGGCUAAAUUCAUUUUCACUAAUCAUUUUUAAAAAGUUAUUUGUGUUUAUUAAAGUACAGAAUGUCUCAGUUGUAAUAAACAGUUUCAAUAAUAGCAACUCUUCUUUUCACUGGUAAUACGAUGUUCAAUAUUGUGAUCAGAAUGAAUUCUUUUUACGUGGUUUAAGGCUUUAUUAAGGUUCAUACCAUCAAGUGAAAAUUACAAUAAUACUAUCAAAAUAUAACGUCUAAGACCAUAUAUAAAAAUGUAAAAAAGUAGAAAUUUGUAAACUAUAAUCUCAUAUUAUUUGCCUAAUUUGGGUAUAUGAACUGCAAAUCCCAUGUGCUACCUUGGGACUUAAGUAAUUGGGUCAUAAUCUUCCUCUGAGUCAGGACUUGUAAAUUUUCAUUGUAUAUGUGUUUGUGUUUUUUACAUUGAAUCUUUUCAAAUGAAAUUUGUUGCCUCAGACAUGACUGAACGGAUUAAAAGCUUAUUGUACUCAACAUAAUAAGAAUACUUUUAUUUGUAGCACAUACUGACAUGAAGUUGCUCAAAGUAUUUCUAAGAUUGCCGAAACACCUACACUCCCUAGAUUAAAGAGGUGUGAAAAAAUGUGAAAUAAAUCUCAGCUAAAGUGGU